GUGAGUGAGAGAGAGAGAAAGUCUUCGGUUUCAAACAGAACGUCAGAGGGCGAGUAAAGAAGCGAGGGGCAGACCGAGGCGGGUUCCAGACACACGUCGUGCUCAGGUAAACUCCAUGUGCCCACAUGUAUGACUGUGAUUAGAGAGACAGAGAGAGAAGAGUGAGACUCUAACCAGUACUAGCAUCCACAGCCACAAUUGUACAUAUUUAUGACCUUCACGCCAACACCAACAUCGUCCCCCGUGGUAUCAUAAUCAGAAAAGGCAUAGAGACAGCUCGGAAUUUGCUUACUCGGAUCAUGGAUAUGGUACUUUGAUGCUCAUAUGCAUGCGCCGUCAACAUUCAACGACGACAGCCGUAAUAACAAUCUUCCCAUAGCAAUUAUUUCGAGGUGGAGAAGAAGGGUGGGAAGGAGAUGAAGGAGAAGAGCGAAAGCGGGGGUGGAGGGUAUGUGAGAGCAGAUCAGAUAGAUCUCAAGAGCUUGGACGAGCAGCUUCAGAGGCAUCUGACGAGAGCAUGGGCGAUGGAAAAGAACAAGAAGAAGAAAGAAGAGGAGGAGAGUGCAGGGAGGUCUACCCGAACGAGGCCGGAAUGGGAGAUUGACCCUUCCAAGCUCAUCGUCAAGAGCGUCAUUGCUCGCGGCACUUUUGGCUCCGUUCACCGCGGCAUUUAUGAUGGACAAGAUGUUGCAGUGAAGCUCCUUGACUGGGGAGAAGAGGGCCAUCGGUCAGAAGCAGAAAUAGCUUCUCUGAGAGCAGCCUUUACGCAAGAAGUUGCCGUUUGGCACAAGCUUGACCAUCCUAACGUAACAAAGUUCAUUGGAGCAACAAUGGGCUCAGCAGAUCUACAUAUACAAAUGGAAAAUGGUCAUAUGGGAAUGCCAAGUAAUAUUUGCUGUGUUGUUGUUGAGUAUUGUCCUGGGGGUGCCCUCAAGUCCUACCUCAUCAAAAACAGGAGAAAGAAGCUGGCAUUUAAAGUGGUUGUCCAACUGGCACUUGAUCUUGCAAGAGGGUUGAGCUAUCUCCACUCACAGAAGAUUGUCCACAGAGAUGUCAAAACAGAAAACAUGCUUUUAGACAAGUCACGAACCUUGAAAAUAGCUGACUUUGGAGUAGCUCGUAUUGAGGCUUCUAAUCCUCAUGACAUGACGGGUGAAACUGGAACUCUUGGUUACAUGGCUCCUGAGGUCCUAAACGGUAAUCCAUAUAAUAGAAAGUGUGAUGUGUAUAGUUUUGGUAUAUGCUUAUGGGAGAUAUACUGCUGCGACAUGCCAUAUCCUGACCUCAGCUUUUCAGAAGUGACAUCAGCUGUUGUCCGUCAGAAUCUGAGGCCAGAUUUACCUCGAUGUUGCCCGAGCUCGCUGGCAAAUGUAAUGAAGAGAUGCUGGGAUGCGAAUCCUGACAAGCGACCGGAGAUGGACGAGGUGGUGACGAUGUUGGAAGCCAUAGACACUUCAAAGGGUGGAGGUAUGAUCCCUCAUGAUGAGCCCCAAGGUUGUCUUUGUUUCCGAAGAUAUCGGGGACCUUGAAACUUCAAAAAUUUUAGCAAUAUGGAGGCUCAAUUCGUAUUUCUUUAACUGAAAUGAUACAUAGGGAUGUGAGAAUCAAAGAUGAAAUGCACAGAAAAAGUUAUGAAGAGUUCUGCAAUAUGUAGUUACACUGUUGGGCUGUGAUUUUUGUAAAGCUAACUAUGCUCAUCCUCAUUUCACCCCAUUUGUGUAAGUCAUACUUCGACUGUGUUAGCCGACGCGUCAUUUCAUGUCCUAUGAGCUUGCAAGUGAUCUGUUUUAGCUCAAGUUUGCUUCUCAGCUCACUCUUAUAAAUGCAUCAAUUCUCUAUUUCCUAA